GAAACAGUGUCAGUUCCCCAUCGGAGGAACUUGAAGGAAGUGGGAUUGAACCAUGGGUCGCACAGGAUACACGUGCAUAAGGCACGUCUUUUGCUCUCUCAACGUUCUCAUAUGGUAGUUACAUUAGCUUACAAGAGUUAACCCGUUAACGGGUUUUUGUCACAGACUUCCGAAAGUCUAGAAAUUUUAUGCGAGUCGCAUACACGGCUAGGAAAAGUUGACCGACAUGGAUCAGAAUCGAAUGGAAAAAGUGGAGAACGGCACUCGGAACGACGGGCAUUGUAAUUUGCUCGGUGCAUUCCAGUGCACUUUCCGGCCUCUCGAAUUUAUUGCCACUCUUCGAAACAUUCGCUACGAGAACGGGGGAGACUCUAAACGGGACGUUGAACCGUGCUCUAUGAGCUAUGAACUUACGUUAUGCGCUUGUGGAAUUUUGGGUGCUGGCCUUUGGUUGAGAUUGGCUUACUCUGGAUACACGACUUUGGUACCACAAUACAGUUUUGCAUCGGCUGAUUCUUUAUUACUAGCAGCAGGAUGCGUCACCUUCGUCAUUGCUUUCUUUGGAUGCUGUGGAGCUUGGUUCCAAUCGAGAUGCAUGCUGAUCACGUACUUCAGUCUCGUUAUACUGAUGUUCCUGGCUGAAUUUAUGCUCGGUACACUCGCCUUUAUAUUCCGUGAACAUCUCGCUAGAAGUCUUAAAGAAGAAUUGCUAUUUGGCAUUGAAAGGCAUUACAAUUUAACGAGAGAACCUGGUACUUUACCUGCUGUUUGGGAUCACAUACACACUGAGUUCCAUUGUUGUGGUGUUCGAGAUUAUACGGAUUGGUAUCAGAUCGAUGCUUGGCCAACGGAAGAUCGAGUACCAGACUCUUGUUGUAUACAAAGAGAAAGGUACUGUGGUAGACUCGAUCCUGAAGGAUUGAACAAAGAACUUUGGUACAAGGAAGGUUGUGCCUCGGCCAUUCAAUUAUGGCUUGUUACAAGGUUACACGUUGUUGGUACCGUCGGAUUGGUCGUUGCUUUUCUUCAAUUAUUUGGACAAGUAGCCAGUAUGAUACUCUUUUGCACGGUCAGACAAAAGAAAUCCUCACACACGUACAAGAGCUAUGACACUACCAAUACCUAGAAUUUCCGCUGGAUCUUAGACGAGAGUAGCGUCUAAGAUCCAUAAGAUUGUCGUUAGAUCGACAUAAUUAUAUUUCGAUUCCGCGACGAUCUAUUGAUCUUUGAUGAGAACAAUAUAUGAUCGUCUAUCUCGCGAUAUCGUCAUGCGUUCUUUUUCUUCUUACGCUCUUUACUAGGAACGAACGAACGAACGAGCGAAGACGAAAAAGUCAAAGAGAAAAAAAAAAAACCCGAUAUUAUUCGAGAAUAUUUCUCGUUUUAUCGUUCGAUUAUGCUCCUUCGAACUCUUUCAAGAGAAAGGUUUUGUAAAUUUUGUUCAUACAUAUAUACAUAUGUCUAUAUAUAUAUAUAUAUAUAUAUAUAUAUAUAUAUAUAUAUAUAUACACAUAUGUAUAUAUGUAAAUAUAUAUGUACGUAUAUCUUUUGAUCGAAGCUCUUUCAAUCAUUAGGAAUUAGAAUUCGUUUAGCUUUAAUUCUUUUAGAGAAUGAUGCCUGGAAUUGUAUUUAUUUAUAUCAUUAUAAUUACCUAACUCUCAUAGUUUGCUUAGCGCGUGAAUAGGAUGUUUCUUUCGUUUCGUUUUCUUUAUAUACAUAUAUAUAUAUAUAUAUAUAUAUAUAUAUAUAUAUAUAUAUAUA